AUGGUUUCAGUUGAAAAAAGUCAUGUUUCUCAGCCGAUAAGCCAUAUCUACGAAGUUGAAAGAGGCAGUGUUUACAGCCACCAUGAAUUGGAGAAAAACUUUAGCUUGUUCAGCACUUGCGCUUUCCAGAUCUCGCUCCUUGCUUCCCCGUUAGCGAUUGGCGCGUUUCUCAACACUGUCAUUGGAGUUGGCGGGCCACCUUUUUUAAUAUAUGGAUUCAUCUUAGCAGUCACUUUGGACUUGGUGGUUUGCUACUGUCUAGCUGAAUUGGCUAGUGCAUAUCCUCAUUCUUCAGCUCAAGUUCACUGGACGUAUUGUUUGGCACCUGCGAAAUACAAGCGGAUCUUGAGCUACACCUCGGGGGUGUUGUCUUCUGCGGGCUGGAUCUUUGCCUGUUUGAGCAGCACCUACGUUGCCACUGUUUUGAUCAUCGCGUUGAGCCAGUUGUACCAUGACAGCUUUACACCUCGAAAUUAUCAUUAUUACCUAGUCUACGCGGGCAUUUUCAUAACUGGCUUCAUGCUCAAUGCGUUUGCGGUGCAUAUCCUCCCCAUUAUGACAAAGGGGUUGGUUGGAGUAAUAAACAUUGGAACUUUGUUCAUCAUUAUUGCGUUAUUGGCAAAGUCGCCUAAACAAUCCGCAAGCUUUGUCUUUAAGGAAGUUAUCAAUGACACGGGCUGGUCUUCCAAUGGUUUGGUGUUUUUUCUUGCGCUUUUGCCAAGUUUUGCUAGCAUUUGUCUAUACGACGGGGCAGUUCACAUGACUGAUGAAAUUGUCAACCCCGAAAGAAACGUGCCCCUCGUGAUGGUCAUUUCCAACACGUUUUCCGCAGUCUUUGCCUUUGUAGCCGUGAUUGUCUACAUGUUCUGUGUCACGUCACCUAGCGACUUGACCAACCCCGUUGGUGGACAGCCCUUUGUGCAGUUGAUUUACGAUUCACUCCAGAUUGACGCGUUGAUCAUCAUCGCAGUGGUGCUCUUGAUCAUCUCCUUCGUUGGUUCUUCCUACUUGUACUAUUGCAGCACUUCAAGAUUGGUGUGGUCGUUUGCCAACUCCAACGCUUUACCCUUCCGCGACCAGCUUGGGUCGAUCCACUCGAGAUUCAAGAGUCCCGUUUGGGCGUUGCUUUUCGUCACAGUGGUCUGUUUGGCCUUGGGCACAAUCAUGUUUGGAUCUGCGAGUAUCUUGAGUGCCGUCUUGGGCUCGUCGAUUGUGUGCGUCAACAUUUCCUACUUGAUUCCAUUUGCUUGCAUCUUGUAUAAAACCAAACUUGCAAGCUCGCCGCUUGAGCGGUUUGAUACAAAAGUGUACUUUACAUUGGGGCGGCUAGGAAUGCCGUUGAAUGCCGUGUCUUGUGUUUGGAUAUGUCUUAUCAUGGUUUGGCUAUGUUUCCCACUCACGUACCCAGUCACUACCAGUAACAUGAACUAUGCUUGCGCUGUUCUUGGCAUAACGUUUUUGUUGUCUGCCGCAUUAUGGGUGGUCCAUGGCAGGCGAAAUUAUAAACAUAAUGUCGAGCUGAUUCAUUAA